GUCAGAGGCACGCCAACUGAUUCAGGAUGUGAAAUAAUUUCAAGAGGCGACAAAGCAAUGAUUCGUUUACUUUACUUCGUGAUAGGAGAAUUAUUAGCUACGGAUAUACGUCAAAAUGCAACGUGAACGAUACACGAAAAACUGCAACUGAGCGUUAUUGUAAUUACGAAAGUGCUUGCCCUCAAUUCGAUUUGAGACCAUAUAUGGACUUAAAAGAAGACUCUCUCCUUUCUCGGGAAAUGAGGCAAAUACAAAAUUAAAUCGAAUGUACUGGCGCAAAAUUUAUUUUCUUAAUUAAAAUUGCAGGACUUCAUCCUGCAGGGAACCGUUAUGAACAUUUUAUUAAUAUUAUACCAUAAUUAUGGCAACAAGAAGUAGCAGCUGCACACCAGAAAGGAAGCAUGUUUGCAAACUUCAGGCAUUUGUCCGUACAAUUAUGAUUCUAAGAUAAUGGAAUCAAAGGAUUUAGCUCUUCAUAUAAAUACAAUUUACUCAAAUAGAAGUCAGUAUAUUAGUGAGUAAAAAGCAAAAUGCCUUCAGUUCAAAAGCAAGUAACGAUUUGGUUUUCAUACGUUAAUUCGUAUGUUGCCUAAACUGCACAUAGACGUUUCUGAAAUGUUUCAUGGGUGUGUCGUGGUGGGGCGUUUCUGACUAGUGAGUCAUCCGAAGUUGAUCAUCAGUUUGUCUUUAGCUAAGAACUUUCGUUGCUUGUGAGCAGUUGUUAAGAGGUUCGCCAAGAGCAUCAAAAAUCAAAGAGAUCAUCAUGUCCUCGCGCAAAACCGGUCGCCGUGGAAUCACAAAGAAGCGAGCUCAACGGGCCACUUCCAAUGUGUUUGCUAUGUUUGAUCAAGCCCAAAUCCAGGAAUUUAAAGAAGCCUUCAAUAUGAUUGAUCAAAAUAGAGAUGGUUUUGUGGAUAAAGAAGAUCUUCAUGACAUGCUGGCAUCUCUUGGUAAAAAUCCUGCAGAUGAUUACUUAGAAAGCAUGAUGAAUGAAGCUCCUGGACCUAUUAACUUCACAAUGUUCCUUACGCUGUUUGGAGAAAGACUUCAAGGAACAGAUCCCGAAGAUGUCAUAAAAAAUGCAUUUGGAUGUUUUGAUGAAGAGAACAAAGGUGUUAUCAAUGAAGAACGACUGAGAGAACUCCUCACAUCCAUGGGUGAUCGUUUCACAGAUGAAGAGGUUGAUGAAAUGUACCGUGAAGCACCCAUCAAGGGAGGGAUGUUUGAUUAUAUUGAAUUCACGCGUAUUCUCAAGCAUGGUGCCAAAGAUAAGGAUGAACAGUGAAUGGACCUAGGUUGUGAAAUUAAAAACAAUUCAAUCUGAAAUUCACUUCAAAUUGACUGUGCUUCAUAGAUUAGGUAAAUUUUAAAUGAUACACAGAGCAAUUAAUUGAUGGAAAGUAUUUGUUCAGCCUCUGCAAAUAUCACUGGGUUGUAGAUAAUAUUACUGAAAAGGUUUCAAGAUCUUAAAGAAACACUUCUGUUAGAAAAGAAAAUCAUGUUCUAGAAAAUUUUACGUAAAAGG